UCAACAAUACAUCGCCAUCAGGACCGCCGAUUGCUAAACAGACUGAAUUAUUUCCCUUGGCACAACAUGAAUUAUCUUUCCUUGAUUCUCCUCAUCUCUCAGUCUUCAAAUGGAUCUUUUCGGAGAUUUACCGGAGCCAGGUCACCAGUCCAACUCAGUGGAAAAUAAAGAAUGCAACAAUGAAGAGAAACAAACUAAAACAACAAAUGGUGCAGCGACAAAAAGGAAAGCCACACAAUCAUCUGCAGAUGAAGUGUCUGCAACUGCAGCUAAACAAAGACAAUCAAUUAAUUAUUAUUUAAAAGGUUAUGUAAGAGAAAUGAAAGGAGAAAGAGAUGAAAUGCAAGAUGCACAUAUUGUACUUGAUGAUUUUGCUACUGAGUUUGAUGAUCUACAUCCAUCUGUUUGCAGACUGGCAGUGUAUGGUGUGUUUGAUGGCCAUGGUGGAUCCCGAGCCGCAUGCUUUGCCUCCAAACACUUAUACAAGAAUCUGAGAACAGUUUUUCCCAAGGGUGAUAUUAAACAAGUGGAAAAGGAAAUUAAAAGAUCUUUUAUUGAAGCCUACAAACAGACGGACAGAGAUUAUCUGACAGUUGCUGCUAAAAAUAAACCAGCAUGGAAAGAUGGCUCCACUGCAACAGUUGUAUUAGCAAUAAAUGAUACCUUGUACAUAUCCAACUUAGGAGACAGCAAGGCAAUAUUAUGUCGAUACAAAGAAAAUACUCAACAGUAUGUAGCAGUACCACUAACUACUGAACACCACCCGACUGUUUAUGAAGAAAGAAUGCGAAUUCAAAAGGCUGGAGGCCAUGUUAAAGAUGGUCGUGUGAUGGGUACUCUAGAGAUCUCUCGUUCCCUAGGAGACGGACAAUAUAAGAAUCAUGGUGUCAUCUGUGUACCUGAUGUUAGGAAAUGCCAGCUAACUGACAAUGAUCGAUUUUUUAUCAUUGCUUGUGAUGGACUUUGGAAAUCUUUAACUGCUGAAGAAUGUAUCCAGUUUGUUUGCAAUGUUUUAGAGGUCACUGUGUUUAAUCAAAAGCAUUUAAUCAGCAAUGAGAGAGGCAGCAUUCAAAACCAUUUUGAUUUUUCAGGGUGUCUGAGAUUGGUGGAAGUAAGCUCUUGACAAACACCAAAGACCUGUCCCCCACCCUCCCUAUACAUCAAAUGUUUACAACAGAAUUUACUCAACUGUGGGCCUCCAAGCCUCAAGAAAUGGUGUUAAGCAAAUGAUGGAUUAAAUCACCACUCAAAAACUCCAGAAAGUUAGGAGGCACAAAAAACAAUAUAACAAGGCAUUUCAUUCAGAAUCUUUAACAAUUCUACCAAUCCUCUUCUUUAGACUGGUACUUUACUUUUUCAACCACAAAAGGAUGAAAGGCAGUACCAUCUUUAGCAGUAAAUAUUUCACUUUGGUGCAAAUGCUGUUGUUAAAUGAAUCAACUUCGGUACAAUAUUGCUGCUUACUUUAUAAAUCCUGGAGUGAACUGAGCUCAGAACAAAGAGGUACUAAGCUAUAUAAAUUAAUACUUUCAGACAAAAAUAUCUUGUGUUGUUUAUUCUACCCAAGUGUCACAGACACUCCACUGUCACUCUCAACAUUAGAUAUUCAAUAAAUCAAUGAUUGACCCUUUGAAAAUCUUUAACUACCCUAUUUUUCACAACAUCCUUGCUUAUGUAUUCGCAAAACAUGAUACAUAAAAAUCUUUCUAAAGUAGUUAUCUUUGAAAAAUUAACAUGAAGACCAACAUUAUUUUUGCC